CCUAAGCCUAGGUUUCCCUACUUCUGCAUUGUCAAUUAGCCAGGGAGAGAAGGAUGCCUUAUUAUACGAUUGAGAUGCGCACACGGUGCUGGCAGAAUAGUAGUACGGCGCCGCACACGCCCAAUAAAAAUGCAUUUGCUAGUUCUCUAAACAUUUUCCUAUAUCACAUGGUCUGAAUGGAGCAACAUGUUCUAAUGUUUUUUUAACAUAUAUCAUUUUGUGUUUUAUUUUCAGUAACAAAUAAUGAUCUAUGCGCGUCGACAGUGUAAAUAGAGCAAUGAACACGUCUGCUGGGACGGGAGUUUUUAUCUUGUCCUUGACAUCAAUACCCAUUUCCUUUUUCUUCAACUCUCUGAUCUACACUAACAGCAUUGAGGCAGUCUUUUUCGCUGGAUCUACAACUGUUCUUAUCUUGGCUAUUUCUGCAUGCUUUCUAUUCAAGAAGAAGGCACCCAGAGACCCUCUAUUCUAUGUGUUUGCAGUGUAUGCAUUCCUGAGUGUGGUAAACCUGAUCAUUGGUCUGGAGCAGGACAGUAUCAUCGAUGGUUUCAUCACCUUCUAUCUCAAAAAUGCAAACCCCUACAUUAACACGGCACAUGGACACAUGAUCUCCUAUUGGGAUGGAUGUGUCCACUAUCUCAUGUACCUGCUCAUGGUUGCAGCUAUAACCUGGGGGGCAAGCUACAGAGCCAUCGGCCUGUACUGGGUGGGGUCCAUUCUCAUGCGCGUCAUCGUCUACAUUCCUGGAAAUGUUGUGGGGAAGUAUGGUACCCAGCUGAGCCCUCUGUUCCUGGUCCAAAUACUCUACGUCGUGGUGUCGGUGUGGGCCUGCUUCCGCGUCUUCAGCCAGUCCGCCACCAGACAGGCUCGGACAAUGAGUAUCAAUGAGGCCCAGAGGACUACGCUGGUGGAGAGGCCCCUAGACUUUCUGUUUGUCAUCUACCUCGUCCCUGCUACAUUUUUCUGUGUCUUCAGAGGCCUGGUGGCCCUGGACUGCCCGACAGAGUGGUGUCAGGAGUACACACAGCUAUAUGAGCCUUACCUGAAGGACCCCUCAUCUUAUCCUAAAAUACAGAUGAUAGUGAACAUGCUUUACUCUGGUCCGUACUACAUCAUUGCGCUCUACGGGCUGCUCGUGCCUGGGUGUGAGUGGAUGCCUGACCUCACUCUGGUCCACUCUGGGGCAAUAGCACAGGUGAGUGGGGAGCUUAGAAAUAUAACUGGAAUGAAAUUACUAUGUUUAUUCUAGUCGUUCUAUUUCUAUGGUGGGGAGUAGACCUGGUUUAAAACAGUAUUUGUUUGCUUUUAAAAUUGCUUUCAUAGUUUGAUUGAGCCUACCUGGAGUGCUAGAUGAGUGGGAUUUGCACUUAUGGGACUGUGGCUUUGGUUUCAUUGUCAGGGAAGUUCAAUGAAGCUCAAUUUAAGUUUGACAGGUGAUACAAAUACUAUUUGAACCCAGGUCCUAUGGUAACUAUUGCAGCUUUGAAUAUUAGCCAGUUUUUCUCUCUCUGGCACAGAAAGCAGUGACAAUUGCCCGCUGUGUGCUAUAAAAAUAAGUAGGUUCCCCUUCCUACAUGCUGAUCUUGGGUGAGAGGAUCCUAGAGCUAUACCUAGGGGAUAUUUCAGCUAUACAAAUUCCAGUGUUGUCUUAGAUAAAUUAUGUGAAUGACUGUGGCUCUGCCCAUGGUUAACUCAUCUGUAUUCCUGUGGACAAGCUGUAGUACUUCAGAGACCAGUGCACGCACACACACACACACACACACACACACACACACAAAUACACACACACACACACACAAAUACACACACACACACAUACGCACACACAUACGCACAGACACACGCACGCACACACACACAUACGCACAGACACACGUGCACACACACAUACGC